GGUACACUAAAAAAAAAUUGCUAGAGAUGAGGAAAGAAAUUUUCAACCUGAGUACAUAUAAUAAUUAAAAAUACCUGAAGUAUCUAAAUUACUAAGUCACUUAUAAAACCCAAAGAUGGCUGGAUUGGAUUAUCUUCUAUUUGAAGAAGCUACCGGGUACGGUAUCUUCAAGGUUUUAAUUCAACAAGAUGAUAUUGCUUCCAGACUGAAAGAAGUUCAAGAAGCUUCUAAUGAUUUAGGGAAAUUUUCAAAGAUGAUUGAAUUAGUAUCUUUUGCUCCAUUUAAAGGUGCUGCUCAAGCUUUAGAAAAUGCCAAUGAUAUUUCUGAAGGUUUAGUAUCUGAUUAUUUAAAAUCAAUUUUAGAACUCAAUUUACCAAAGGGUUCAGAAAAGAAUAAAAUUAGUCUUGGUGUAUCCGAUAAAAAUUUAGGUCCAUCAAUUAAAGAAGUUUUCCCAUAUGUUGAUUGUUUAUCAAAUGAAAUUGUUCAAGAUUUCUUAAGAGGUAUAAGAGUUCAUGGUUCUAAAUUAUUUAAAGAUUUACAAGAUGGUGAUAUUGAAAGAGCUCAAUUAGGUUUAGGUCAUGCCUUUUCAAGAGCUAAAGUUAAGUUUUCAGUUCAAAAGAAUGAUAAUCAUAUUAUUCAAGCUAUUGCUUUAUUGGAUCAAUUAGAUAAAGAUAUUAAUACUUUCUCCAUGAGAGUUAAAGAAUGGUACGGAUGGCACUUUCCUGAAUUGGCCAAGAUUGUUCCUGAUAAUUAUACAUAUGCUAAAUUAGCUUUAACUAUUAAAGAUAAAGCUUCAUUAUCGGAUGAAUCUUUACAUGAUGUUGCUGCAUUAGUUAAUGAAGAUUCAGGUCUUGCUCAAAGAAUUAUUGAUAAUGCUAGAAUCUCUAUGGGUCAAGAUAUUAGUGAACAAGAUAUGGAAAAUGUUUCUACUUUUGCUGAAAGAGUUGUUAAUAUUUCUGAUUAUCGUUCUAAAUUAUUCCAAUAUUUAACUGAUAAGAUGCAUACUGUUGCUCCAAAUUUAUCAACUUUAAUUGGUGAAGUUGUUGGUGCUAGAUUAAUUUCUCAUGCUGGUUCUUUAACUAACUUGUCUAAACAAGCUGCUUCUACUGUUCAAAUCUUAGGAGCUGAAAAAGCUUUAUUCAGAGCUUUAAAGACUAAAGGUAAUACUCCAAAGUAUGGUUUAAUUUAUCAUUCAUCCUUCAUUGGUAAGGCUUCUGCUAAGAAUAAGGGUAGAAUUUCAAGAUAUUUAGCUAACAAGUGUUCUAUUGCAUCAAGAAUUGAUAAUUAUUCCGAUGAACCAUCAACUGCUUUUGGUGAAGUAUUAAAGAAACAAGUUGAAGAAAGAUUAAACUUUUACGAUACUGGUGCUCCACCAAUGAAAAACUCAGAUGCCAUUAAAGCUGCUUUAGCAUUAACUGGAACUAGUGAUUUAAUUGAUGAACCAGUAGUUGAAGAAAAGAAGGAAAAGAAGGAAAAGAAAGACAAAUCCGAGAAGAAGGAAAAGAAAGAAAAGAAAGACAAGAAAGAAAAAUCUGAAAAGAAAGAUAAGAAAGAAAAGAAGAGAAAAUCAGAUGAUAAUGAAGAAUCCCCAAAGAAGAAGAAGAAGAAGUCAAAGGAUUAAAUCAUCACUCAUAUCUAAUGAAACAGUCAGCAUUUAUUUCUUAAACACUUGUUUUAUUCUUAGUUUUUGACAUUACGAGUCUUAAGCUUUGUUUUUUGUAAAAUAUAGCCAUUUUUUAUAUUGCAUGUUAAUAUAUCUAUUUAGAACGGAAAUCA